AUGACAAGCGACGAGCAAAAACCUCAGUGCUCGCAAUGUCGCAAAGGCGGCCGAGAGUGUCGCCCCAGUGAGGGCAUUGUAUUUCGCCAUCAGCAGAAUGCCUCUAUGAAUGAAGACUUGGCCCAGCCGCACGAGGGUCGUGGAAAUUUGAAGGGGUUUUAUUCGUACAAGAACACGUUCGACAAGGAUAGCGUAUGGCUGGAUAUCCCCAAACACGUUAUCUUCGUCGAUAAUUCCGAUCCGUACGCCGACGAUCUCGAAGCCACCGAAUCUAGCGCAGAGGCGCUCGUUCAGUCGCGGAAUAAUAUAUGGGGCAGUGACUCGAGGGCCAGCGACGCAGGAUCACACGGUCUCGAUACUUUAUCAACAGUCGCUUCCCACGAUCGCUUCCCUUUCUCGCCCAUGGAGCACUCCAUCUCCGAUAGCAUGUCGUACCCUUCGCCGAACCGAUCGCGCAGUAGCGCCAUGCCUCCCCCCGCAUCUCCAUCCAUGUCUCUCUCCAGCAACAACAACACAAACAUCAACUUCCUCCUGAACCCUUCCCAUUCCAUGUCACCACCCCUCGACCCUACCAUGGGGACACCCGACCAGAGGAGUGCAUCCCUUCCAUCGAGACCGGCCCCACAACCAAGGAGAGUAUCAUAUCAGGUGCAUGACCAUGCUGAGACAGAUUUUGAGGUGGCUUUUCUCUUGCGGCAUUAUACCGAAGGGCCAGGGUUAUGGAUGGACUUGUUCGACUUGGGCACAUACUUUGCAUCAUACGUCCCAGUCAGAGCCAUGUCAAAUCCUCUUCUCAAAUAUGCAGCCUGUGCAUACGCGGCAAAACAACUCGGCCGUGUUAAAAAUGCCAAAGCGACCAUGGGUGGUGUAUGUUCACGCCAGGCUAUCAUGGAGGUAUGGCCUGACAAGGACGAUGAUUUUAUCUGGCACGGCGCCAAAUACUAUGAGAAGGCUAUCCAACUGCUGAUGAAGGAGUUACAACCCGACGCGGAGGGCCCACCUCCGUUGAGCACCCCCGAAGCCUUCGGGCAAUGGCAGGCUUCCGAGCUCAUUAGCGAUGCAGAGAAUCCACGCAAGCGUCGGAGGCGUGUCUCGGACAGUCGGCUUUCGCACGGGGUACACUCGGAUGAGGUUUUGGCAGCGACGGCCAUCUUGUCGAUAUAUGAGUUUCUGGAUGCGACCGGUCCUGCAUGGAAUCGACAUCUGAGCGGCGUCAAGUCCCUGCUGGAUGUGGCCGAAGUCGGGAUUAUGCCCAUGGAGCAGAAUUCCUCAGAUGGAGACAGUCACAGUCCGUAUCACUCGUACAGAAAGUCGGGUCUGUCCAAGGCUCGAAAAGCUACCUUUUGGAAUUUUGCGCGGCAGGAUUAUUUGGCUGCUUUCAUCAAUGAGGGCCACACCAGGCUGAACACUGACGACAUCGUGCUGUGGAACGAGGCGGGCUUGCAGCUUGAUAACAUGGGUUUCAUUCGACCCAGCAACACCACGGCCACGGGAUAUCCCGAGGGCGACGACAUCAUGAAGGAGGAUCUCAUCUGUAAUGCCCUUAUCUGGAUUCUGUCAAAGAUUGUGAAUUUCGUCAGUUCCGGGGACGGACUUAAUAUGAACGUCAACCGGUCUGUCGAUAGUGGACCCCUAGGGGUGACGCAACAGGUCCUCCUAGAGCGAUGGUAUCGGCUGGAAGCGGAGCUGGACGCGUGGUACACCGGGCUCCCCAACACCUUCAAGCCAUGUGCGAGAAUAGAACCGUCGCGAAUGUCUCAUUUCCAGCCCGCUGAAGAGGCGAAAGACUUAGCCACGCUACAAGAAGUGUGGUAUAGCAUCCCUAUGUGCGCGUCCACGAUGCAACAUUACCACAUGGCCCGCAUCCUGCUACUCAUCAACAAACCCCACGAAUCGACCAGCCGACGGAGCACUAUCACUCUUCGACUACAAUCUUACCGCUCCAUCGAAGCCGACAUUGGCUUCCACAGCCGCGAGAUUCUCGGAAUCGCCCUAGCUCGGCCCGACGGCAGCGUAAGGGUCCACUCCCUGCAACCGCUUUUCGUCAGCGGGCAAUGCGUAACCGAUUCCCGCGAGCGACGAGUCGCAAUUCGACUUCUUCGAGCCGUCGAAGCUGACCUAGGCUGGGCCACGGAGUAUCGAGUGCAACAGCUUCUCAAAGAAUGGGGCUGGGAUGAGAGCUUUAUCCGUUCGGUGGCGGUGACCUGA